AUGUUCAAGAAAAACUGGUUCUCUACAAACACCGUAUCCAAACAACCCCGAAAAGAGAGAGGAACCGAGCUGAAAAUCAUUGCACAUCCAUGCAGGGUGGGCAUCGAGCUCCCAACAGUGGAGGUGCAGUUUGAGCGGCUGACGGUGCAGGCGCAGUGCCAAGUGGGUAGCCGCGCGCUGCCGACGCUGUUGAACACGGCGCGCAACAUCGCGGAGGGCGCCUUGGGCCUCUUGGGCAUGCGGCUAGGUCGGCAGGCGACUCUCACCAUCCUCAAGGAUGUCUUUGGCACCGUCCGACCCUCGAGGAUGACGCUGUUGUUAGGACCACCAUCAUCAGGGAAGACCACUCUACUGUUGGCCCUGGCUGGCAAGCUGGACCCGUCGCUGAGGUGCAACGGCGAGGUGGCCUACAACGGAUACUCGCUGGACAAGUUUGUGCCACAGAAGACGGCAGCGUACAUCAGCCAGACUGACGUGCAUGUCGGUGUGAUGACCGUCAAGGAACACUUGAAUUCUCAGCCAGGUGCCAGGGCGUCGGCACCAAAUACGAUCUCCUAACCGAGCUGGCGAGGAGGGAGAAGGAGGCCGGCAUCCGACCCGAGCCGGAGGUUGACCUCUUUAUGAAGGUAUUAAGUACUUCUUUCGAAGGAAGGUAUUAAGUAGUUAACAUCUUGGCAUGGAUGGUCUUCUCGUUGGAGUAUAGUCUACCCAAAAAAAUAGUAGACAUUUAGUUUUGAAAUAUUGUUACCACACUGCAAACAUAAA